GCUGAGGUCUUACCGAGCAACGCCCCCUUUUUUCAUGAGUUUCCGCUCAACGUUACGAAACCUGGAGCGGACCGAACCACCGCAGCAGAGCGGAGGGGUGCGCAGGAAGAUCCGGCCUUAAAAUUCAGAGAACAGAGGGUCUGAUCGACAUUCGGAGGUCUCGACAGGAAGUUGUGGACCGACCCAUCAACCGGUCCCCCCUGCCUACCGGCAUCUGGGAAAAUGAUGUAACUUCCUCACCGGCUUUUCUUCUCCUCACUCCGGUUCAUCGCUGGAACUUUGACUCAAUUCUCAGCGGGAGGUUGUGAGUUCGGUUCCGGAGGGCCCAGAAUGAAUCCAGCUCGUCGUUGUUCCGUCUUAUUCAGCCACAUGUCGUCUCUGGGGGGACAGACAGCCCGGACGCCGCUUCUCCCGGUGGGCGCAGCUCCUACGGUGGCCCGCUUCGACCACACCGGCCCCGGUGGAGGGGGAGGGGGACCCGGAGGCCCGAAGGCUCCCAGCGGAGGAAGCGGAACCAGAACCGGAACCAUGGCGGCACCAGUUGGUCCAAUGAGCGGCGCCAGCAGCAGGUUCUUUGGGACAAUGGUCCAACCCGACCCAUACACCAAGGAAGACCUGGAACUGGACCUAGAACCGGACCUGGAACCGGACCAGCUGCUCAGAGAGUGUGAGGAGGCGCUGCAGAGCCGCCCGGCCCGCCCCCACAGAGAGCUGGUCCGACCCAGACCGGGCCCCCCCUGCAGCAGCAAGCACAACCCGCCCAUCCGGAUCAUGCAGUGGAACAUCCUGGCUCAAGCGCUGGGCGAGGGGAAGGACGGCUUCAUCAGGUGUCCGCUGGACGCGCUCUGCUGGCAUCAGAGGAAGUACCAGAUCCUGGAGGAGAUGCUGAGCCUGCGACCCGACGUCCUGUGUCUGCAGGAAGUGGACCACUACCACGACACCUUCCAGCCAAUCAUGGCCCGCCUCGGUUACCACGGUAGUUUCCUGCCCAAACCCUGGUCGCCGUGUCUGGAUGUGGAGGACAACAACGGGCCGGACGGGUGCGCCCUGUUCUACCGCCGCUCCCGCUUCAGCCCGCUCUCCACGGCGCGCCUCCGCCUCUCCGCCAUGAUGCUGCCCACCAACCAGGUGGCCAUCGCGCAGACGCUGCGUUGCCGGGUGACAGGCCGCCGGCUGUGCGUGGCUGUCACCCAUCUGAAGGCUCGCAGCGGCUGGGAGCGUCUGAGGAGCGCGCAGGGCGCUGACCUGCUGCAGAGCCUGCAGAGCAUCACGGCGCACGGCAGCGGCCUGGAGGGGGCGGAGCCAGGAGCCGUCCCUCUGGUGGUGUGUGGGGACUUCAACGCGGAGCCUUCGGAGGACGUUUACAGGCGCUUUAGCUCCUCCCCUUUGGGUCUGAGCUCAGCCUAUAAGCUGCUGAGCUCCGAUGGCCAAUCAGAGCCGGCCUACACCACCUGGAAGAUCCGGCCGAGCGGCGAGAGCCGCGGAACUCUGGACUACAUCUGGUACAGCCAGCAGGCGCUGAGCGUGGAGGGCCUGCUGGAGCUCCCCACCGAGGAGCAGAUCGGACCCGACCGCCUGCCCUCAUACCACUACCCCUCCGACCACCUGUCCCUGCUCUGUGACAUCAGCUUCAGGGAGGAGGAGCCUCACAGGCUCCUGUAGGACUGCUUCUGCUUCCCUCCAAGGUUCUCAUCGCUGCUGUUUGGACUUCAUGUUGGAAAU